GGCGGGAAACCGGAAUUUUCAUCACAGUAACGGAUCUUGAGGCAUUAGUAGAAUGGAUUUACAUUCACUUGUACUAGGAGAUCUGAAUAACUACGACAGUGAACUAAAUCUUGAUGAUGAAGAUGUCGAGUCGGUGGAUAAUUCACAAACGAAUAGAUGGAUUUUAGAGAAACACAAUAUGUGGACCAAAAUUACUUUGAACUCGUUCUAUGAAGAGUGUGCGGCAGGAACCGUAACAAGUGCACAGCUGACAAAGUGGGUCUACGAUCGGUACAGGCUAGCGCAGUCGCAAGUCAUUCUUUGUGAUAUGUUUGAGUCCAUCUUUGGAAAUCUUGCCAGUGGCUUUUGUGUUGUAGUUAAAGAAGACCUUGAUUGGUUUAAAAACAAGUGGCAUCAUUUGUUGCAGUUGUCUAAGGGUCAACCGCAAGAAUAUCAGCCAACAUAUGGUGCACAGGAGCUUAUUGACUAUAGUCAUAGAGCAUUGGAGAAAGACUCGAAGCCUUGUACUUGUUUACUACUUUGUUGGUUGGUCAAUUUUGCCUUUUAUCAGGGAUGGAGAAUGACUCAACGUCAUUACCAAAGCAAUCAGAGCGAGAUUCUUGAAAUAGCUCGAUGGUCUUGUAGAGAGGAACUUAUGGUUGCUAUUAUUGAUAUUCAGAAGCUACUAGAUGAAGUCCUAGCACAAUCUGGAAAUGAGUCUCUAAUUGCCGAGCUGGCUCUCUAUUUCGACGGUACUUUGGCUCGACUAGAUGAUAUGUUUGAGGAAAUAUAUUUGGCCAAGAGAUUGCCCGGAAUGAAGGAAUACUGUUCAAAAUGUGGAAGACAAGGACACACUCAAGAACGGUGCUUCAAUUUCUCCCUUUCAUUUCUUUUCUUUGUUUGUUUACUCAUUUCUAAGUCUGCUAUUUCAGUCGAAGAUAUGCGCAAAGAGGUCGGUAAUCUUGUUUUGGACAGUGUCCCGGAACCUUCGGAUUCUUUGCUUCAAGUCAUCUCUCAGUUUCAAACUUCAAGAUCGUCACUAGUGUGUGACAUUGUCAGUGGAGGUGACAGGUCUGGGAGUAUUUUGUUUUCCACGAGAUUUGGCGAAACUUCGAAUAUACAUUGCAUCGCAGGUCCUGGUGCCUGUCGUGAACAACAAACCUUUUUCAGUGAACCCGUAUAUGAUGCCUUGUGGCAACCAGGUGGAAGAGGCUUUGCAUAUCUUAAAGAUACAGGAGGUUCUGAAAAAUUUUCUGUUUUUUAUAUGGAUAUGGAAAGUGGCCUUCAUUAUCCGGUGAGUAGGACACAGAAGGGUCGUUGUGGUGCCAUUCUAUGGAAUGAAGAUGGUUCUUCUCUGUGUUAUUACAGUACGGAGCGUAAUGGCAAAGACUGGGAUAUAUAUAUUGUAGAUUUCAGUACUCAUCAUGAGAGACAACUUCAAACUAGCGUUCCUCGCAUUGUUUUUGAGGGACAAGGAAGCUGGUCACCCAUGGAUUUUUAUCAAAGUCGCCUUCUGCUCAGAAAUUUUAUAUCUUCCGAAGAGUCUUAUUUGUAUUUAAUGGACUUGAACAAUCCUUCAAUGUGGGUAUCUAUUUUACCAAGUGUUGAAUCGGAAGGGGGUACUACUGCAAAAUCUGCAAUUUCAUUUGCCAAAUUCUUGAAAGUUAGUGAGAAAGUAGAGAACUGCCCUAUUGCUCUUGUAUCAGAUGCUGGCGAAGAUUUUCAUACUCUGAGAAUCCAUGAUCCGUUUGGAAAACCAUUGACCCAAGUAGAAACUAAUGUAUCGGGUGAUAUUGAAGAAUUGGCAGUGGCAAACUAUUGGACUCCCAAUUGUUCAGUGUUUGCUUUUGCUGUGAAUAAUCGAGGAAGUUUUGAGCUGUUUCUUGGUAGUUUGCGAAAGGAUAAUGAACGUGUAGUUCCCAAGGUGGAGCUGCAUCAAAUCUUUUUACAGAGUGAAACAGUUUUAAAAAAUACAGCAAGUGUACUGCAUGAUGAUAGUCUUAAGACUUCAACUCUAGCAAAUUUCUCACUUCGUGAAGUGAAUGUCUCAGUUAUACGAAGAUUGCGCCUCAAUGCUAGUUUAGGUCUCUUAGCCUUUUCUAGAUACUCACCCAUCUCCCCUGGUGAUAUUUAUACUGUUCAUAUAGAUACAAAGAUUGUUCGAAGAUGGACAUUCGGAGAAGUAGGAGGUUUGGACAGGAAUAGAUUUAUUAAUCCUUAUUUGGUAGAGUUUGAUAGCUUUGACGGUUUAAAGAUUCCUUGUUGGUUGUAUUUGCCAAAGUCGGAUUCCAAAAGGUUUCCAGUACUCAUUCAUAUCCAUGGAGGGCCAGAGCAGCAGUCCCUUCCCGUCUUCACUCCUUUGUUUCAGUAUUUGUUGUUAGAGAAGGGAUUAGCAAUUUUGGAUCCAAAUGUGCGAGGUUCCAGUGGAUAUGGAAAGCGUUACAUGAGUCUAGAUGAUCAGUACCGAAGGAAGGAUCCUGUCAAGGAUAUUGGUUCGUUACUUGACUGGAUAGCUAAGCAGCCAUUUUUAGACAACGAGCGAAUUGCUGUAUUGGGAGGUUCUUAUGGAGGGUUUAUGGUUUUAUCAUCCAUAAUAGAGUACGGGAAUCGAAUUCGUGCAGCAAUUGAUAUGGUCGGUAUUAGCAACUUUGUUAGCUAUUUGGAGGGAACUUCGGCUUAUCGAAGAGAUAGUAGAAGAAAGGAAUAUGGUGAUGAAAGAGAUCCCGAAAUGCGCAAAUUUCUCUUAUCAAUAUCGCCAUUAACACAUUCUCAGCGUAUUUUUGUGCCUCUUUUUGUUGCUGCUGGGCAAAAUGAUCCGAGAGUACCUGCUAGUGAAUCUGAGCAAAUUGUACAAGCAGUGCGCAAGAAUGGUGUGGAAUGUUGGUAUAUGAUAGCAAAGGAUGAAGGACAUGGAUAUCAGAAAAAGUCCAAUCGGUAAGUCCAAAUAUUCGUAAAAGGGUAUCGUAUGUGCAA